AUGACCAGGUUCCUUAGAACCAUCCUCGUCGCCCACAAGAUUCACCUUCGCCACCCGAAAUGUAUUAUCCCACCUCUCCUUUCCAACUACUCCGCAACUGCGGAUUCAUCUAAAGCCGACGACACACAGAAAGCAACAAACGAAACUACCACCGCCACCGGCUGGAGCAAGUACGGGCACAUCUAUGGCAGCCCAGUUGUGCAGCACAGCAAUAAGGGAGAUGAAAACCCUAGCAGUGGGAGGGCAAAGGAUGUAUCAAUGGAGAAGAAAAAAGGGAAGAUGAAAACUCAGUGGGUGUGCAGCGAUUGUGGACACACGACGGGGCAAUGGUGGGGAACAUGCCCUGAAUGCGAAGUAACAGGCACAAUGGAAGAGUUUCAUGAGAGCAAGUUAGCUGACAAACCCAGAAGUGGGUUAGCCAUUGCCGAGGACGCAAUGGGGUCGUGGCUACCGAAACGACCCCAUGAGUUGCGCCCCAUGAAAUUGGAAGAGGUGAACCGUGGAUUCAAUCACGACAAAUGGAGAAUUCCUCUGUCUGGUUCCCUUGGAAAUGAAGUUUCUACAGUGCUUGGUGGAGGGCUUGUACCAGGUUCUUUAACUUUAGUCGGUGGUGAUCCUGGUAUUGGGAAAACUACCCUGUUAUUGCAGAUUUCAGCAAUGGUAGCAAAUGAAUGCAGUGAUGGUGAAGCACCUCCCGUUGUAUAUGUCUCUGGUGAAGAGAGCCUUAAGCAAAUUUGUUCUAGAGCAGAUCGCCUUGGGAUUAAGUCCAAUAUUUAUUUAUAUUCAAGUACUGAUAUUGAGGACAUACUUAGGAAAACUCAUGGUCUAUCGCCACGUGCUCUGGUGGUUGAUUCAAUACAAACUGUUUACCUGAACACAGUAAUAGGAAGUGCUGGAGGGGUUAUGCAGGUGAAGGAAUGUACUGCAGCUUUGAUGCGAUUUGCUAAAACAACUAACAUCUCAGUGUUUUUGAUUGGACAUGUGACCAAAUCUGGAGAGAUAGCAGGACCUCGUGUCUUGGAGCAUAUCGUUGAUGUUGUUUUGUAUAUGGAAGGUGAGAAGUACUCUCCAUAUCGAAUGCUUCGAGCUGUGAAAAAUCGCUUUGGUUCCACUGAUGAGCUUGCAGUUCUUGAGAUGUCACAGUCAGGACUCCAGGUUGUUUCAAAUGCCAGUGAAAUGUUUCUCACUCAACAACACUCUGAUUCAAAUGUUUUAGCUGGACUUGCUACUGCUGUAAUAAUGGAUGGUACAAGAACUUUUUUAGUUGAAAUUCAGGUACUUAUAAAGCAAGCAGGUCUAAAUCUUCAAGAUCAUGGGUGCCAUGAAACAAAAACCAUUUUGAUGAAGAGUAUGUGGGAAAAUGAUGUGAUGAACUAUUCCACAUUUAGCAACUAUGUUCCUACGGAACAAAUUUCUCCACAUCCACCAGCUGUGUUUUUGAAUAUCGUUAGCGGAUUGACAAUGACAGAGACUUCUGGAGAUCUUGCAAUAGCAGCUGCAAUUUGCAGCAGUUUCUUGGAGUUCCCUAUUCCUGAGGGGACCGCAUUCAUUGGUGAAAUUGGCCUUGGUGGGGAGCUUCGCAUGGUUCCAAGAAUUGAUAAAAGGGUUAACACAUUGGAGAAGUUGGGUUACAAAAUGUGUGUGGUACCAAAGCAAGCUGAAAAACUUAUAGAAAUGGAUCGUCUGGAAAAAAUGAAAGUUGUAGGUUGCAAGGAUCUCAAAGAGAUGCAGUCAUUGUGGCUUAAAUACCGCAAAAGAUCAGUUGCCAUGAUAUUGGAUAAAUCGUAG